AUGUACUUCGACCUCAAUGUCCCCGUACCAAUACCAGCGUCGUCCUCAUCUGCGAUAAAUACCUCUAAAAAGGGCAAAGGAAAAGCUCAACAACAACAACAACAAUCGAAUCAAGCCUCUUCCGUGGUUUACUCUCCAGCACAGAUUACCGCUCUCGAAGCGCGUAUCGACCUCUUGGUUCAUUUAGGAUAUACUGUUCUUGCUCUUACGCAGACCGUGCACAAGAAAGUUGAACCGAAGACCUUCGUCAAUGCCCUCGAUGCGUUACUUGGUUCGGGCAACGAACGAAAUAAGGGCAGAGGACAGUUGAAGGCGCGCGAAGGAAUAGUCUUCCUCAAAAGAUUGACCAUAGUUCUUGAUGAAGAUAGUGAGAAGGGAUUCGGGCUCACGAACGCUAACGCGUCUUUCUUCGCGGCCUACGACCUCAUCUCUCUUUUGCCAACAACGGAAGCUUCCCUCUCUCUGGCCUGUUUGACCCACACACUUCCCUCGCCUCUGACUGCACACAUCAUCUCCCUCCCUCUCACUCUUCCACGUCUUCCAUUCCGUCUCAAGCAUACAGUUGUCCGCACCGCCCUUCGAAACGGAGCCGUCUUCGAGAUCAGUUAUGGUGGAGCACUUGGUCAUGAAGCAGACGCGUCAUUUGGUCAGAGUGGAGGAGGUAGCGGGGAACCUGCGAAGAGGAAUUGGUGGGCUGCUGCGAGAGAGGUCGUGAGAGUCACGAAGGGCAAGUCGGGAAGCCUAAUCAUUUCGAGUGGGGUGGCGAACGGGGUUGAUCUGAGGGCACCAAGGGAUGUAGGAAAUUUGGUCACAUUUAUUGGUCUAGCACAGAACGACGCUCACGAUGCCGCGACGAAGGCACCGAAAUCAGUAGUGCUGCGAGCACAGACCCGUCGAACGUAUCGUGCCGUCUUCUCGGAACCGGAAGUCGUCAUUCCCGUCCAAAUACAAGCAGAAACUGCGACCACCUCAACCGACCCAGCGGCUGCAGAUUCUGUCGUAGAAACAACUACCGCACCCACUGCUCAACCCGCUGGCUCAGUCACACCAUCACAAGCGCCGCUUGCCGGCAACGGAAAGAAAAGGUUACGCGAGGAACUGGAGGAAGCGGAGGUUGGUGCGGCAGAGGCAUCGAAUAGUGGGAAGAAGUCUGUCGUUAUCUCAGGCGGUAACGAGGGCAAACGGGAUUCCUCGCAGGGCCCGAGUGCGAAAAAGAAAAAGAGAAAAACCAAAGGAUCAGGACAGGAGGCUGGGCAGGCGAAGUGA